AUGAAAUUAAUUUUAUUAUUACUCUCAAUUAUUUUUGUUUCUGCUGCUAAAGCUAGCGUUACUGUCAAAUAUGGAACCUGUGUUGGAGCAUGCUAUUGCCCUGCAAAUCAAAUUGAAAAUGGAAAGUACAAAGAUUUAAGUGAAGUUACUAUCCCAGAUUAUCCAAGUUAUUUAGAUCUUAAUUUGUUUUUUAAUGUCACCUAUAAACCAUCUCAAAAGGUAAUUGAAUUUGUUAAAACCGAUAGCUAUAGCCCAAAUCACCCAGAGUUAGCAUAUCCAAUUGACGAAGACGAUAACAGCUACAAUGUUUCUCAAUGUGCCUACAUUUUAUCAACUAAAUUCAAUGAUGGAACAUGCUCUUACCAAUUUAUGUGCAAUGCUGAAGGCUCUUCAUCAUCAUCAAAGUUGGUUUUUAACUAUUUUGUUCUUGCAAGUUUAUUAUUUGUUUUAUUUAUUUAA